AUAUAAAUAUGAAGAUGGGACAUGCCAGAAAUACACGCUGGCUUCUAACAUAGAUAACUUAAAAUUGAAACGCGGUCGACCCAUUCAAAUGGGAGAGUUUGACUUGAGCCUUGUGCGUGAAUUUCGCAGUCGGCCAGCAUUUUAUGACCGCAAUGAUAAUCUAUUCCGGGACAAAUUUUAUAUAGCGAGAGAGUGGCAACAAAUAUCAAAUCAGUUAGGCUACGAUGUAUCGUUGCUUAAGGAUCGUAUGUUACAGUUACGUAAUCGUUUUAAUUUGGAGAAACGUCGUCUAGAGAAUUUACGAGAAGAGCAUCCAGGUCGUAUAAUAGAGUCACCUUGGCCAUUAUUCGCAGAAUUGGGCUUCUUAAACGAUCAUAUACGAUCUCGUCGUUCGUAUAAACGUCUAAUGGCUGGUCAAGAUAACGGCUCAAUGAAUUCAUCAGUAGCAAAUGAAUUCGUAUAUUCUGGAAGUAAUGUCUCAUCUUCGACUACGACGCUAAUGGGUUCAACAUUGCCAAAUAAUUUGGUUAGUGUGAAAAUGGAAGAAGAAGAGGAAGAAGAGCGCGUAUCAGAAGAAACUGAAAGUGGUGAUGGUAGCCAGGAGGAUCAUUUAGACAAUGCUAAUUAUACAAAUAAUUUUCAGCGUAACAUUAAACAAAAUAAUUCACAUUCCUCUUCCUUGUAUCAACAAAUACAAAAUUCUACGCCUAUAAUGACAAUGCCACAACAAUUUGUAAACAGUAUUGAGGUGCGUAAUUUGGAUAGCAUGCGUGCAAUUCCAUCAACAAGAAAAGAAACGGAUCCACCAGAACACCAGAAUAGUUCGGUUAAUAAUCUAUCAGACUCUUCAUCUGACAUUGGAGUGACAACGCCGCCACCACCACCGCCUCUAAAAAGAGCACGCCUUGCUUCCUCGCGGGGUCAAAGUAGCCGCGAAAGUGUAUGUCAUGCAUUUGGACAUUAUAUAUAUUCUUCAUUAAUGGAGCUUCCUAAAGAGAAAGCACUGAAAGUUAUGGAAAGCAUGCAAUACGACUUAUUCAAAGUGAUGAAACAGAAUGCAAAUAAUUCAUCUGUUCAAAUUGGCCACUUUAAUGGUCAUUGAACUCCAUGAUCGAGACUUCAGAAUAUAUAAUUUUUUUUUUAUCUAAUAAGAACUAUUCUACAUAUGUAUACAUAAGUUAUGUUAUGCGUAAGAAAUUAACUUUAAUUAUAAUUGUAUUGUAAUAGCAGUAUAAUGACUAGUAAUAUGUUAAUUAUAAGAUAUAAAAA